AUGACAGUUGAAUAUCAAGUGAAAUUUAUUGAACUUUCAAAACAAUUUGAAAAUGGGUUAAGGGAAGAAAUCCGAUCAAUAGUAACAGCUGCAGGCUGGAAUGUAUUUGGCAAAUUGGUGGAAUCAGCUUUAAGAGUAGAAAAGAGUAUUUCUGAUAGGUCAAGUGGUAGAGAACAAACAAUAUUCAGAGGAGAGAGUUCUACUAGUGUCAGAUUUCAUUCUUGCCAGUUAUGUGGAAGAUCUCAUCCUAGAGAGUGCUUAAAGUUCAAACGAGUUAGUGUUUGCUAUCACUGUGGUCAAGAAGGACACUUGAAAAAGAACUACCCGGUUAUAUUCCAAGAGGGUAGCAUGGCACAGAUGAUGUUUCCUGAGCAGAGUACUGCAAAUAAUAUAUAUCGAGAUUGUAGGAUUAAGGUAAAUGAGAAUGAGUUGAAGGCAAAUUUAAUACCUUUUGACAUACAUGGUUUUGAUGUUAUCUUAGAGCAAAAUUUUACCGUCUUGUGUGAUAUCUGUAUUGAUGCUAGAAGAUUACUCAACAAAGGCUACCAUGCAUAUUUGGCUCAUGUGAUUGAUACGAGUGCUAGCAAAUUAAAACUUAAAGACAUCUCAUUGAAUGGCACAGCAGAAUUGAAAGAGCUAGAGGUUCAGUUACAAGAGUUGGUAGACAAGGGUUUUAUCAGACCUAGUGUAUUUCCGUGGGGAGCACCAAUUUUGUUUGUGAAGAAUGAUGACACCAUGCGACUGUACUUAGAUUACAGACAAUUGAACAAAGUGACAAUUCACAAUAAAUAUCAUUUGCCACAUAUUGAUGAUCUUUUUGAUCAGCUUCGGGGUGCUAUAUAUAAUCUCGAGAUCAUGAUGAGCACACAGAGUAUCUCAAAAUCAUCUUACAGACUCUACAUGAUAAAUAGUUUUAUGCUAAAUUCAGUCAAUGUGAAUUCUGGCUUAAUAGAGUUGCAGUUGAAGAAACAUAAACUGAGAUAUCCUACAUAUAACUUAGAGCUAGCUACAGUUGUCCUAGCCUUGAAAAUUUGGAGACAUUACUUGUAUGGCAAGAGAUGGAAGGCUAAUAUAGUUGCUGAUGCUCUCAAUCGGAAAAUAUCGAGUCAUAUGACUCAGACUAAUACAGUAUGUUCAUUUUUGUUUCAUGAGUUUAGAGCUUCUCAUGCCCAAUUAUCAAUUACCAGUGUAGGAGCAUUGUUUGCCAACUUUUAA